CAUAGUAGCAAAGCACAGCAGUGAUUAGGCAAGCAAAAUAUUAUUUUUUCAUUUACAUUCGGAAGUCCCGGAUUAUCGGGGCUUCCCGGGACCUGUCCUUGAAGUAUGGAAAGCCAGCCGGCUGGCAAGACAGGUCGUCUCAAGGCAAAAAAUAAGAAACCACCUGCCAAACCUAAAACCCCUAAGAAGAAGAAAGGCGAUGGACCGACGUGCUCGAUGUUCCUUGCCGAACUCACCAGGAAACUGGCUUACAAGAAGAAGCAAGAGGAAGAAGAAUCAGAACCACCGGAGAACAUCGUGCAUACUAUCAUCGAUACAAUAACCGCUGCUCUACCCAUAACAGUUUCCAAGAAGACGCUAGAAAGAAAAGAUUCUCCAGUGCAAAUCGAAACAUUGCAAAGCUUGGCUCCUGAACUUAUAUCCAGCGAUACUGUGGAAAUUCCCUUACCAAUACCAGAAGAACCCUCAUUAUCUACAUUACAGGAAGAUGACGGAGGAGCAUUCCAAAGUCUGAAGCUACCGAGGAUGCCAGUAGUUGGCAGUGACGUCAUGAAAGCACCGACAAGGAUAAGGGAGCCGGUGGAAAUGCAUGAUAUAGCGGUGAACACUGGGGGAGACCACGAUGUAGCGAGCGAGAUUGCGAAGCACGUUAGCACGUUGAGGAAGAUAUCGCUGAUCGCUGAGGAGUUUAACCAGAAAACAGCCAAAAAUCUAAAAGAAAUCGUAGAUAGUGUACAAGAAGACCUGAUCAAGAAACUGGAAGAGAUACAAGCAGAAGCAAAAGCUCGGGAACGGAUGGAACAAGAAGCAAAAUUAACAGAACACAUGCAAAUAGAAGAAAUAGAUGAACCUGUACAUUGACCGUAGGAAAACCUACUUUUAACGAUCAUCGUACAACCUACUUUAUACCAAAACAUCACUGGCCAUUAAUUGACAGAAGCCCGUCUGGCAGAAAUUUUUAAUUGUCAAGUAAAAUGUAUAGAUUCGUACUACUUUAGAUAAAUUUUUCUGCGUAUAAAUACAAAAGCAACCC